AUGGCGGCGGAGGCGGCGGAGGCGCUGUCGCGGGUGGCGGACGUGGAGAUCGACGGCGGCGGCGUCUUCAAGUACGUGCUGGUGCGCGUGCGCGCGGCCGGCGGGCCCGGGAAGGACGUCGUGCGAGGCCACGGCUGGGCCGAGUACCACGCCGAUCUCUACGAGCGGACGGCGCAGGAGCUGGCGCAGCUGGGCCUGGGCUGCGAGUGCCUGGGGGGCGGCCGCCUCUCCCACAGCCCGGCGGAGAGGAAGAUCCACGUCUACGGGUACUCGGUGGGCUUUGGGCGAGCGGACCACUCUGUGACUACGGAGAAGCUAAAAGCCGAGUAUCCAGACUACGAGAUCACCUGGGCGGACGAAGGCUACUGACUCACUCUGGCUGGGCAGCAGCAUCGGCACCAGC